GAUUAUUUGAAAAUUUUGCGGUAUAUUUGCGAUAUCACCAUGAGGUUAUAAUUUUUAAAAUAAGACUGUAUUGAGAAACAAAUUAGAAGAAAAAAUGUUGCUAAAAAUAUGUUAUAAAUGUGCUUGUUCAACUUUUAAUCCACUUCGGGGAUUCAUUACUCAAUGUAAAAUUUAUAAUGAUCAAAAAAUUACAUUUAUUCCAAACAUUCCAGUGAAUGGUAGAUUAUUUUCAAGUAUUUCUGUAAAUGAUGAUCUUCACAAUAUCUUUAAAUUUAAAGAUACAAAUAUAAGUAAUUGGAUUGUAGAAAAUCGAAUUAAAACUUUAUGUUCUGCUUAUAAGGCAUUAUCAGUAGAAAAUAAACAUGAAUUUCUGUGGACAUUAGCUUUAAAGUAUGGAAUUAAUCAUGAUUACAUUCGUAAUUUAUCAGAAAAAUUAUCAUCUGCAAAGCCUGAAAAUUAUCAUCAACGAUUAGCAUGGGAGAAUACGUUGAAAAAAGCACUAACACCACAUUAUCAAUGGUUAUUUAUUUUGAUGGGAAGACUUGAAUAUGGAGUUAAAUUUUUAGUUGAUUUAAGAACGGAUGUAUUGGAAUUAUUAUCAGCUACUGAUGACAUUGAAAAAUCUGUGACUAUGCAACAAUUAAAUCUUACUCUUCAUGAUCUAUUACUAUUAUGGUUUAGUGUAGGAUUUUUACAUCUGGAAAGAAUUACUUGGCAAAGUCCGUGUGAUAUAUUACAAAAGAUUGCAGAUUAUGAAGCAAUACAUCCAAUAAGAAAUUGGGUUGAUCUAAAAAAACGUGUCGGUCUUUAUCGUCGUUGUUUCAUAUUUACUCAUCCUUCAAUGCCACGAGAACCAUUAGUUGUUUUACAUACAGCUUUAUGUGAUGUUAUUCCAGAAGCAGUAAAAGGCAUUGAAGAAGCAGAAAAAAGAAUUUUACAGAAAAAUCCAUUAUCAUCAUUACAAGAAGAUGUAUCUGAAAUAAAAGCUGCAGUAUUUUAUUCAAUAGCUGCUACGCAACAAGGAUUAAAAGGAAUUGAACUUGGGAAUUAUUUAAUUAAAGAAGUUGUAAAAGAAGUCUCAAGAGAAUUUCCAAAGAUAGAUCAACUCUCUAGCUUAUCUCCAAUUCCAAAAUUUAGACUGUGGCUUUUAGAAGGAAUAAAACAAGAUGCAAAGAAAAUUUUCACAGACGCUGAAAUAAUUAUUUUAAAAAAUUUGUUAAACACGGAUGAUCUUUUUUAUUCCUUGAGAAAAUUAUUCAACACUUGCUUGUGGAUGAAUGAUGAAAAAAUAACAAUGUCAUUAAAAGAGCCAUUGCUACGAUCAUGUGCUUGGUAUUUGUAUCGAGAAAAAAGAAGAAAUUAUGCAAUGAAUUCUGUUGCCAAUUUCCAUCUUCGUAAUGGAGCAGUUAUGUGGCGUAUUAAUUGGUUAGCUGAUCCUUCGCCUAGAGGUGCUGAUCAUAGCUGUGGAAUAAUGGUAAACUACAGAUAUUACAUACAUGAGACAGAAGAAAAUAGUCGAAAUUAUAUUGAAAAUCACAUUAUUAAAGCCUCUGAUAGUGUAUUGAAUUUAGUAAAACAGGUGGAAGAAUUAAGUAAUAUUAGAUAGAAAUUCUUAUAGCAUAGUUAUUUGCAUAAAUAAAUUAUUUUUAUAUAAAUUACAAUAAAAUUGAAAAAUUCAAUAAAGAAAUAGCUCUAUCUUAUAGUAAUUAAAUUGUUAUAAACAUUGUUUAAUUUCUCAA